CACGAUACACACACACAUUUUGCACAGUACUUAGUUCGUAUGAUAUAUUUGCGGAUACAUCUUCUUAAGUGGUGUUCAUCCCCUUCGCGGAUAAGUGUUUGUGCCAAGGACUUGAUAAUCCCGGAUUAUUGAUUAUUCUUAGUCAGCUAAUGAUAACUGAAGAUCGUUAUAUCUUAUGACAACUGGUACUAAACUGGUAGAUUUUUGAAAGAGAAUCAGAAUUUAGAAAAAGUUCAGUCUUAAGCAAUGGCUUGGAUAACGUUCUCCAAAGCUGAAGAACACCUUACCGUUUCCCCCAUCAGUAAAAGGUGAAUGGAGAACUUAGGAUCAUAAGCGAGCGUUGAUCGUGAGAGCCAGCGAUUUUCCAUACACGUGCCCGGCAUCAUAAUACUCUUUUCGUACCACGUGUAAGUUGCACCGCGAGCGACGGAUACUUUGGUGAUGUGCACAAAACCAAUGGAUAUAAAGUGAUACAAAUAAGGAUAUCUAAAGAUAUAUUCUGUGAGUGUUUUAUAGUUAUGUGCUUAGUGAAGCGAAGGGCAGAUACAACUUGUUGACAAGAGACCACGUGCCAAUAGCGCGACACUUUUUCGUUACGGAGUCACGGUGAUCUUCUCGGCUAAGGAGGCCGCAAUUGCAAAUCAGUGGUUGGAAUCUUGAGGUGAAAACCGAGACUGAAAAAGGCAAAUGCAAAAGGAAAAAAGAAGUCGUAGAAAAAAACGGGAAGAAGUCCGUCUCGCAUAAUUACGCGUGUUUUUUGUUGAAGCGUCUGCCAAUCCAAGCAAAGAUACUAUAGGGAAGGAUAAAGGAGGGGGCAGGGGACCGUAUCAUCAAUUAUUCGAUUAAAGGUGUUCGCCGGUUGGCGCGAAAGUCACGAAACUGAAGCAGCACCUGUUGCACUCGACUCCUAAAUUGGCUUGUCAACUUGGCCUGGAUCAGACCAAUUUUAUAAGAAUUGUUAGUGCAAGAGGAGGAAUUUUAGUUCCGAUGAUUGUGGUUGGAGUGUCGCGAAACAGAAGUGUCCAAACGGAGUGAUCAGUGCAUUGCGGAGCCGAUGAAGCGGAGUCUGCGUUGUCUUCUGUUUAAUGGGCCGGAAGUAUUAAGAUCGGUUCGCGUGGAUUUUGGUGCUUGUGCUCAGAGAAUUUAUCAAAGUGCUGCAGUGCCAGGAUGUCUAUGAAUGGAUGAGUCGGUGAGAGUGCGAUAAGAGCAAGUUGGCCUGUUUUGUGGGAGUUGGCCAACGCCAGCCAGGUGGACCACCGACGAGUGGUGAUGCGGUAGUCGGGGAUUCCCAAGGGAAGCCAUGAGGGCGGCCGCCACCUACGUCCUGUUCCUUGCCCAUCUUAUACAGGCGACCACUGGGAGCGGGUUCUUCGAGGUGCAGAUCCUCUCACUAACGAACAGCAGGGGCACCCUGGUGGACGGAAGAUGUUGUGGCGGAGGAAGUGGGACCGACACAAGUCAUGUGCAUCAAGAAAGAUGCACGGCAGCCUGCACCACAUCAUUUUGGCUCUGCCUUAAAGAAUAUCAGUCGAAUGUCACUGCCAUAGGCUCCUGCAGUUUCGGCAACGUUUCUAGUCACGCCCUGGGUCAGAACACCUUCACACUCACCGAACCUGUCACUCUUCAACUUCAUUUCACAUUCCGAUGGACGAGACAAUUCACGUUGAUUUUACAAGCGAGAGACGAAGCGAGCGCCGGCGUCAUCGAGGAAGCGAGUUACAGCGGAAUUGUCCUGCCAGGAACAAAAUGGCACACCCUUAAUCAUCACGGGCAGAAUGCGCACCUGGCUUAUCAAGUGAGGGUCCAGUGUGCCGACCACUAUUACAACGCAACUUGUACCAAGUUUUGUCGACCCCGGAACGACAUCUUCGGGCAUUAUACAUGCGACGAAAAUGGAGAUAAAGUUUGCAUACAAGGUUGGAAAGGCGCCGACUGCGAAAUAGCUGUCUGUAAAGAAGGAUGUCAUCCAGUUCACGGUCACUGCAACGUGAGUGGCGAGUGCAAAUGCAGACAUGGUUGGAGGGGUGAAUUUUGCGACCAGUGCACCCCUUAUCCAGGAUGCAAACACGGUUACUGCAAUGGCUCUAGUUGGCAAUGUAUUUGCGAUACGAAUUGGGGUGGUAUCCUUUGCGAUCAGGACCUCAACUACUGCGGUACCCAUGAGCCAUGUCAGAAUGGUGGCACUUGUGAAAAUACUGCUCCUGAUCAAUACAGAUGCACUUGUCCCGAAGGAUUCUCUGGACCAACUUGUGAAAAGGUCGACAACCCCUGUGCUUCCAACCCUUGUUUAAAUGGCGCAACUUGUAGGGAAAUAGGAGAAAUGGCAGUUUGUGAUUGUGCAGCAGGGUUCACUGGAUCAGCUUGUGGAACCGAUAUUGAUGAGUGUGCUUCACAACCUUGUCAAAAUGGAGGAAUUUGUGUGGAUGGAAAGAAUAGUUUUACUUGCAAUUGUCCAGCAGCUUGGCAGGGAGUUCUUUGUCAGUUUGAUGUUGAUGAAUGUGGCCUUCUGGAAUCACCGUGCAAGAACUCGUUGACAUGUGUUAAUCUUGCUGGAGAUUACAGAUGUCGCUGUAGAAGUGGAUUCACUGGGAAGAAUUGUACAAAGAACAUCAACGAUUGUGUGGGUCAGUGUCAACAUGGAGCUCUCUGCAUCGACCUUGUCAAUGACUAUCACUGUUCCUGCACAGCUGGAUAUUCAGGAAAGGAUUGUGAAAUUGAUAUUGAUGAGUGUGCCGCGAAGCCUUGUCGGAAUGGAGGUGAAUGUAGAGACCUGGUGAACUCCUAUGAAUGUGUUUGUCCAGUUGGAUAUACCGGAUACCAGUGUGAGAUUGAUAGAGACCAUUGCAAUCCUAAUCCAUGUAGGAAUUCCGCUCCAUGUUUUAACACUCAAACGGACUAUUACUGUCACUGUCCAGCUCAGUGGCAGGGAAAAAAUUGUUCCGACCAGUCUGCACAUCACCUUCAGUUUGGAAUAGCUGAUGAAGUUCUUGGAUGCGGGAGUGAGGGAACUCCAUGUGGUGGUAGAGGCAGAUGCAGUGGAGGAAGAUGUAUUUGUGAUCCAGGAUAUACAGGACUUCACUGCCAUGAGAACAUUAAUGACUGUCGCGGAGGACCUUGUAUGAAUGGGGGAACCUGUGUGGAUCUGGUCAAUUCGUUUCAGUGCAUCUGCAGGGAAGGGUGGACCGGUGAUCUUUGCGACCAAGAUGUCGACGAGUGCAUGAACUCUCCCUGUCGAAAUAACGGGACCUGCGUCGAUGGGGUUGCAGACUUCACCUGCAUCUGCAGCGACGGUUGGAAAGGGAAGACCUGUGCCCUACAAGCCGGUCACUGUGAACCCGAAACCUGUCGCCAUGGAGGAACCUGCCAGGACCGAGGCGACGGAUUCACCUGCCAUUGUCCUCCAGGUUGGGAAGGUGCUGUCUGCCAUAUAGCAUCCCCGGCCUGUGCAAGUAGUCCCUGUGAAAAUGGGGCAACGUGCGUCAACAGUGCCGAUGGAGGCUAUCGCUGCAUCUGCAGAGAAGGCUUCGAAGGUCCGAAAUGCAGAAGAGAUGUCGACGACUGUCAACCACUUCCCUGCUUGAACGGUGGUCGCUGUGUCGAUGGCAUCAACUGGUUCAGAUGUGAGUGCGCCCCAGGAUUCACUGGCCCAGACUGCAGAAUAAACGUCAACGAGUGUGCGAGUGACCCUUGCAUGGGCGGUGCCACGUGCCUCGAUGGAAUCGCGAGUUACUCCUGCAUCUGUCCACCAGGUCGAACAGGAACUCACUGUGAAAUCAGAACAGCUGGAGGUGCAGGUUGUGUCGCCGCAAUUUGGGACGACGAAUGCAACGUCUGUGAAUGUAGGAAUGGUAAGAACCAGUGCAGCAACGUCUGGUGUGGCCCAGGAAACUGUCUCAAUGGAACAUCAUGUUUGGCUCAUGAAGUAUGCGUUCCAUCGCCUGGAGAAAGUUGCCUAUCACCAAUAUGCCCCUCCUGGGGCGAAUGUCGCCCAAUAGAAACAGGAAGAAGAGUUGGCCCUCCCGCCUUGCCGGCUCCACCUUCCUGCUGGCCUGGCCAAGCAACUCCAGGCCCAACUUGCUCGAGACUGACAAUCUUGCUCAGGAGAGAAUCUCUCGCUGUGGGAACUUCGGUGGAGCUACUCUGUCGUCGGUUAAGGAGACUACUUGCUGAUCCAAGAAGACCACAGUCAGUUGUUCUCCUUUGUGAUCUGAAACCAGGAGACAAUGACACGAUAGAGGUGACGAUUUUCUCGGAAGCUGCAGCUGCUGCUGCUAGAGACUUGGGGGAAGCUUUGAGUCGUCCUCUAAGUAGACCUCUCGCUCUGGCUUCUGUUCUGGAAGUCAAAGUCGAGACAGCCUUGUUGAGUGAACCCAGUUCGGCUUCUUCUAAUGGAAAUGGGUAUUUGGCGGUUUUUGGUGGCGCCUUAGCCACUGUUCUUCUUUUGGCCCUUCUUGGAGGGCUCUGGUACCUCAGAUCAGUCAGACAGAGGUCUGGUCUGACUGCGACGACCAGCAGUGAAACUUCUCUGCACAGACAUAGAAGCGACCUUGAUGAGAAGUCGAAUAAUUUGCAGAAUGAGGAAAAUCUCAGGAGAUAUGCGAAUCCUUUGAAAGAAACGGAUGUAGGAGAGCCGAGAGUUUCGGUUGUUAGACCUUUGUCAGGGACUUCUAUGGGAGGCCUGGGACCAACGGAGGAAAGUCUCGAGAUGGUCUCGGAUGACAGUAGACAUCGACUUCCACCUUUGUACAAACCGCCAAGUGCAGAAAUUAGAAAUAACACUGCUAGCUUCAGCUAUGAGGAAGGCCCUCAUAAGCCCUACAGCAAGCCCAGGCUUCAGGAACCUUCGUUUCUUCAGCAAGCUGGCACAAGCCAAAAUGCUGGGUCUCAUCAAGUGCUGACAGUGCAUGUGUAAUUUUUUGUUUAUUGUGCUGAAAUUCACCGUGAUCUUCCAUUAUUAAACUGUUUAGGUCGCAGAACCUUAGGAAUUUAAUUGCUGGUGAAGAGUGCGAGUCUCUUGUGAUUAGCUUUUAGGCACUGAGGAUAAUCUUGAAUGAAUUGUAUUUCUAAUUUACUAAAAUAUUUAUAUUUGUGAGUUGUCAGCCAGUUUUGAUUUUCAGAAUGAGGACAUUUCGAGAUUGGGAUUUUUUGUGGGUGCUAAAUCGAAAAGUAUUAUAUUUAAGUUUAAUUCACUUAAACUCCAUUGAAUUCUGUUUGGUUUCUGUUUGAUAGAAAUCAGUUUAAUUCACUUGAUUCCAUUAAAUUUACUUUAUUCAGCAAACUUCACGUGAGUAGGUUAAAAUUUUGAAUUUAUAAGUUGUAAAGUUAUUUAAAGGAUCAUAAAAUUAUUAAAAUAUAAUUUUACUUGAAUCGAGCCUCGAGGCAUCAUGCUUUACUGUUACUAUUUUUGUAAUAAUAUUUUAUUGCUUUUGCAAAUAUUUUAUUUAUAAACUAAAUAAGGAUAAAAAUGUUUGUAUUCAUUGAAGAAUUUUCAAGUGACAUUGAAAAUAAACAGAAUUUUAAAAUUACAGGGUGUCUACCCUACGUGGAAAACCUGUAACUGUCAGGGAAUUUUUCUUGAAGUCAUGGAAUUUUUUCGAAAGCGAACAUAAUUUUUUUUUUUUAAUUAAAAUAUUGAAUUGAAUAACAAUGAUU